AUGAGCGCCUACGAGGACCAGAACCUCCUGAAUGUCGUGAAGCCAGAGACAGAGCUGCUGCUGAACCAGAGGAUCUGGUUAGAGCUGAAGACGGAGGGUUUGGACGGGAACAGAUUCUCCAUCGUGACGGACUCCUGCUGGGCCACCAGCCAGUCGUCUCCAAACGGCAGCCUGAGAUACGACCUCAUCAACAGCGGAUGCCCGAACGCUAACGAUGAGACGGUGAGAAUGAGUGGAAACGGACAGGGAACCUCCAACGUGUUCUCUUUUAACAUGUUCGUGUUCAACGGAGGAAACAGAGAAAUCUUCCUGCACUGCAAACUGGAGCUGUGCGUCAGGAUGGGAAACUCCUGCCAGCCG